AUGGCUGCCUACCCUACUAUGGCGCCUACUCAUCCAACAGCACAAGGCCAGGCUGGCAAAGACGUCUCGAAUUCACAGAAACAAUCCACAUCCACAAGGAUCAAGCUUCCCCGGCUGCCUGAAGGCUCCAAGAUCCAAAAACGCGCCCUGCCUCGCCGCCAACAACCCGUCUCAUCAAAAUCACAACUUGUCUACGUGUCUUCAUCGACACCGUUCAUGUCAGCCGUCUCACGCGUCCGCAAACAGCUAGACAAGUCUCUGAAAGGCAACGCGCCGUCGACGAGGGGUCUGAACCUGAAUCAGCGCAUCGACCUGCUUCAUCGCGACAACGGCACCAAAGGGAGGAACGGGGAGGCGAUCGUGCUCGGUACAGGCAGGGCCAUAGAAAAGGCCCUCAGCAUUGCGACGUGGUUCACCGAGCAGAGCGAUUGCGAGGUCGAGAUAAGGACAAGGACCAUAGGCACGGUCGAUGAUGUCGUUCUCGAGGGUGAUGAGGAGGGGUUUGGGGAGGAGAGCCGUGUGAGGAAGGUUAGUUGUCUAGAGGUCAUUGUGAGACUUCGAUGA